AUUCACGACACCAUCUUUGGCUGGAACAUCUUCAGAAACUGAAACUGACUUUUUUUCUAGGGAACCUAUUUUAAUUAAAGCAGUUUAAUUCUUAGCGCCUGAGGAACAUUAGAUUACUUUGUUAAUGUACCUGUACUGUUUUCUGCAUUACAAAUGUUCAUAGUCUUAAUCCAAAUGACUACCAAUAUCUAAGUCAUGAAUAACUUCUGACAAGCAGCGCCGUUUCUUUUACAAAAGGUGCAAUGAAUUCAUACCGCAGAGUCAGUUCUUCACGGCCACGGUACUUCAAGACUCAGUCGACAGAUGGCAGGAACACCGCAGCGCGACGAAUACGUCAGCUAGAACUAAACACCGUACUCCGCGUACAUUUUUCAACAAGAGUUCAGCAUGGUUUCGGUGCGACUCGGAGUACUGGUGAUAUUUUUCUUACAACGAUGUCUCCAAUGCGUCUUUUCAGCAGAGCCACCAGAAAUCCAGCCCAUGGUGUUUCCCAAGAACCUAAAGGAAGGAGCCAAAUUUCGGGCGUUUUGCUCUGUCACUGGAAGUCCACCCUUUACAUUUAAAUGGAUGAAGAACAACCAGAAGCUUCCUGAAGACGACACAGUGUCGACAGAGAACGCUCAAGAUUACAGCAUUCUGGUGAUUGGGAAGCUACGCAAAAGCCACGCAGGAAACUACACAUGUAUCGUUCUGAACAGAGGUGGAGCAACAAGGCAUACUUCUGAACUCAUAGUGAACGACGGUGUCUCAAGGGACAGCACAGUCAUCCCUGCUACCAUGAACGGAACUCUCCGCAUUAUGAAUGCCACAAAGUCUGACGGCGGGACAUAUGUGUGCACUGCAGCAAACAGCUACGGAGAACGACUUGAGAAGGAAGUCACGGUCAGAGUGAUCGUGCCCGCCCGGUUCGAGGAGAAGUUCAAGGUGCAGACAGUACGGCGCGGAGAAGCAGCGACCUUGCAGUGCCAAGCCAUCGGAGAUUCACCGCUGGAGAUUACUUGGUCCCAAGACAAGAAGCGGCUCAUAUUCGCUCCAGUGACAAGGUACGAAAAGUUCGAGUCAAACACGGAGAACGGCGUGACUUCAGAGCUGGCGAUUCCGACGACAGACAGGAGCGACGCGGCCCUCUACACCUGCGUCGCAAAGAACGAGUACGGCAGCGACGAGAGGAACAUCAAGCUGCUCGUCGUCGAGGUCCCCGCUCAACCGCUGGACCUUCGUAUCCUGGAAGUCUGGAGCCGCAAGGUGAACGUCAUUUGGUCGGAGCCGUACAGUGGGAACAGCCCCAUCAGCAGCUACAUCGUACAUUACUGGAGGGACAGGGACGGGGCGCAUCGCCUCAUGGAGCAGACCGUGCCGAGCAGCCAGACUUCGGCCAUGAUCAGCGAGCUUCACCCGGGCGCCUCCUAUUCUCUCACCGUGACCGCCGAGAACGAAGUGGGUCAGGGUCCCCCCUCGGACCCGGUACGCUUCCUCACCGCCGAAGAAGAGCCCGGCGGAUCACCAACCGACGUCUGGGCAGCUGCCAAGGGACCUACUUCUAUCGCCGUUUCGUGGAAGCCCCCUCCUCGAGACACGUGGAACGGUGUGCUCAAGGGCUACUACGUGGGAUACCGGGCGGCCGAGUCCAGCCAGCCGUACUCGUUCAAGACGGUCGAGACGGUGGUCAACGGAUCCCAGGAAGUCACGCUCGUGGGUCUCACAAAGUCCUCGCGGUACAGCGUGAUCGUCAAGGCCUUCAACGCCAUCGGAAGCGGACCGCCAUCCGAAGCCCUGCUCGUCCGCACAUUGGAUGGUGAUGUGCCAUUCCCCCCUGCGCUGACCCUGAUCUCAAGCACCGACUCUGCCUUCAAGGUUAAGUGGACCCACUCGAAGGCCACCGCUGCGCCCGUAACAGGCUACACGCUGCACUACAAGAAGAACGCGGGCCCCUGGCACCACAUCCCGGUCGUGGCUUCGGACGACACGAGCUACACGCUCACAGAUCUGGACGGUGGUGCGACAUACAAGGUGUACCUUACCGCGUCCAACCAGUUUGGACGCGGGUCUGGUAGCGAAGCCAUAAUCAUCAACACCACUAACGAAGGUCAUGACCGGGCUUGGGUCUUCUACAAGGAUCCCUCCCUGCUGGUUCCCGCCGCGUCCUUUCUCAUCGCUGUCCUUGUCGUCAUCACCGUCGUCACCGUCUGCAUCAAAAAGACCAAAGCACACAAGAACUUUGAAAAAUCCCUGGAAGCAGAGAAGCGCCAGAGCUACGGCGAGGUGACGCAGCAGCAGCAGCGCUACAUCGACGUCACAGAGAAGCGCAACCGCUCCGACUACGCCACCAUCCAGAGCCGGAGGAGCCUCUCCGGGAGCUACAAGAUUGAAGAACUACGCUCGGCGGCACCUAACAGGGGAUACAACACUACAGACGCCAAGGACAGGCGGCGCUCGUCCCUUCGCAAAAGCAGCGCUUCCUCCCACGUCUACGACAGCGCGGCGUGAUUCAACCAGAGACAACGCCCGAGAAACUGCUGUUGACAUCUUCUAAAACUGUUGAAUUUGCUCUUAUCCGUUGUUCUAGUCACGCGCCAGCCGUACAAGCACGUUACGACCCCUAUUCUGUACUUACAAUUUUCUCUCACCACUGCCCCUUAAAAUAUCCCUUGAAUAACUUUCUCCCCAAGACAAGCCAGAUGUGUGUCCCGCGUGUGUACAGAGGAAGCUUGACAUCCCCGUCUCUAUGAGAGAUGUCGUGGCAUCUCAGCGACCUACAAGCACAUCAUGCAGAAGUCGAGCUGUUACGACUCAUAUGAGCGGUACAGUAGAGCAGUAAGGACAGCAGUUUUAAAGCACAUGGGGAUGAAAUCACUGAUUUCUCUAGAAAACAACUAAGUAUGAGCAAAGAUUGACGCAAAAGUGCUGCGUCACCAAGUCCAUACGAAUACUCUCUGUGUGGAGGAAGCGAAACUGACGUCACAAGCCGCCAAGCAAUAGAGAGCCUGUGCAAGGUGUCCCUAUCGCAAGAAUGCUUCCGAACUCUCGUUUCAGGCACCAAGAAGGUGUCCAAUGAGUAUUAUUUACCGUUCUAGUCAUAUUUAGUAUAAUCAGUGUUACCAAAUGUUCUAGUCAAAUGUUUGUAUAAUAAUGAGGCUUUACAAUUCCUUACAUGAGUAAUAUUCCCUGUUUCGUGUAGUGCAUGUCCGGUUACUUACAUUCAUCUGCGUUCUGAUGGAACGUGUGGACGACAUUCGGUGCUUAUUGCAAAUGUUUUCUCGCGUAUAAGUUACCCCUGCUGUUGUCACAGUGGCAUAUAUUAGGGCUUCAACUAUGCUCAUUGAGAAAGAACUUUGGUCGAAAGAGGCUUUCCGACAGAUUGUAACAUUAGGUUUUGUUUGCUGACUGCCGUCGCUCAAGAACGGAUAGCAAGUUUGAAGCCACGUAAACACACAGUCAGGGCCCCUAAGAUAGCACGGUGCAAGGAUAAAGACUACGUGAAUAUGUUGCCCAACAGUCACCGUUUGUUAAAUCUGAUUCAAGUGAUUUCUUUCGUGAGUGUGUACGCUGCGAAGUGCGUAUCUGUGUGAUAUUAUAGUCGCAAGAACUGCAGGGUCGGCGCGUAGAAAUGUGGAAUAGUUUAGGCGCAAUGAAAGCGUUUCGACAUUCUUAAAGAGCACAUUUUCGCAAUCCCGUUAAACCACACGUAUGGUCUCUCAUGUCCUCCAACUCCGCCGUUCUCUUGCCAACUCAAUUCCCUCUUGCUCAACAAGAUGUGUUCCUCGAUGUACAUUUAUUUAUGCAAUUCACAAAGAGUGCUAAAGGCUCUGUUGGAGCCGCUCUGGUAGUACAGGGCAGGAAUGAAUCAAAUGCUCAACUAUACAGUCACAUGUGUUUUUGAUACUUAUGUCAGGCAUUACUGUUUAGUUCGAACCAACAUCGCCAAAUUAUAUCAUCUUGCAGGGUACCACAGCGUUUUGAGGAUGAAGAUACCAGAGAAGUAACGUGUGCCAAUUAUACAUCGCGUUUUAGCCUAUUAUCAACAUAAAAAUGUCGCUCAGCUUAUUUUUCGCUAUCAGGCUUAGCUCUCUCAGCGAAAUAUACGACUGAAAGCUUGAUAUUGUUGAGAUUCAUGCCCGAAAUCAAAGGACCGUUUUAAGGGCAGAAAACGUCACCCAUACAUAAAAUCACCGAACAAACAUUUUUUUAGAGAUGCGGCUUUGUGGAAGCAAUGUGGACGCCAGCCAUGUGGGGGAUAUUUGGAAGACACUGAGAUGUCUCAUUUCCACAUGCAGUGGGAAGAGUUCUAUUUUUCGCGAAUUAACUGAAGCUGUGUUUCUGCAUGCUGGUUUCUAACAUGUUACUUUAGAUUUUCACCACGUAACUUCCGUCGCGACAAGUCCCACAACUUUGCAACCUUGACUGCACAUUGGAAUUCGGCGGUCUAUUUUAUUUUCAUGUUCGGAAGCAUGACAGGCAUGAAGCAUAACUCAGUGCGUUAACUUUUGCUUGCAGAAAAAGACAUAUCUAUAAGUAUGCUGAUUUGCAAUGUAGCAUAGUUACAGGUAGCGCGAACUGGACACAGACACAGAAAAGAACAAUCACUAGCCCUAAAUCUUACUGUGGCUGAGUUUGACGCAAGAAACAUUUAAAUGUAAAGGAAAACACACACACACACACACACACACACACACACACACACACACACACACACACACACACACA